AUGCUGAAUGGUGGGCUUUUCAGUCCUUUGCUUCCUGCACAGAGAACCAGGUUCUCAUUUGUUAAAAUAAUGCAACCAGUUCCAGCAGGCUCUGAGUCAAACAAAAGAGCCAUCAACAUACAUGGAAAUACUCUGUGGAUGAUAUUAUAUGAUCAUGAUGGUAAGCUUGUUGAAUAGAGUUCUCCUGCGAUAUUCUGGGCAAGUAGGAUUGCAUGCUUUCCACCAGUUGAACCGGGUUGACCUGCAUGCUGAGAGAGAUCUGUUAGCUCUCAAAGUAAUUUUGGUGGUAUUUCGUUCUUCCUCGGAUAUAUUUGGACAAUGGCGUAUGAAAUCGAGAAGGGUUUAAGAGGCUAUCUUUAAUUUUCUAGAGAAUUUACAUCGGAGCAGAAAAUUGGAGCUUCCGGGCAAGAUUACAACGUUGGCCAGUUGAAAAUAGAGGAAAAAUAUAAGAUUUUUUGCAGAAGAAAUGGACUUCAGGUCCAGCAAUUGGACUUGCAAUAGCUAGCAGUGUCGCCAGAUCUGAAUGUAAGAAUAGGCUCCAACGGGAUCUGGUCACAACUCACUGCCGGAUCUGGAUAAGCACAAGUAGUACCACCAGAGCUGGAUACAGGCUCGUGGUGGGAGUUGCUCUUCACUCGAACUGGUCACAGAGUCGCCACUAAUUUGUUCCUUGGUUGCAGGUUCCGCUGCCGGAUUACAAAAUAUCUUAAAGUAAAAACGCGUGGUUACAGGCUCGUGGACGGGGCUUUCAGAGUUGCAACUCUGGUCUUGCUUGAGGCCAGUUGAAAACAGAGGAAAAGGAUAGAUUUUUACAGAAGAAAUGGACUUCAGCAAGGAGUUCUCGGUUCCAGGAGAUAUAGAAUUUCCGAACGAGGGCGGCUCCUGGAUUCCGGUAACUCCUGCAAAGCCUGUUCCUACGAGACCGCAGCCAACCUCCGGCAACACUCAGGGUAACCAGCUAGAUCGAUCAAACUGGCUACAGACGCUAGGUCACCUACCUGCUCUCCAGGAGACUUCAAUUUCAAAUGAGUUGGCUGCAUGCUAUGGUUCGAUGCAUUUUAUGGAUCAGCAUAGAAGUCUCAACAAUUGGGAGGCGGCAUUGGCUGGGAAUAGCAGAGGUUCUGUUCGCAUGGUUGGCACUCACACACAGGCUUUAGCGGAUACCUCUGCAUGUGGGCAGUAUGUUUCUUUUGGGAACCUCCUGGCUUUCACAACCCCGGCUUCAGCAACUUCUGCAGGUGCCCCCCAGCAUGGGAACAACAAUGCUGGAAGCAGCCUUUUGUUUCCUAUCCAGUAUUCUAACAUUGGGCGAGGAGAAUCCAACUCCGCUACCUUGUUGCUUGCAAACCAGGACUUAUCACUCAGAUCAAACCACUGGAAUAACAACUAUCCGCAACAAAUUCCACAGUAUGGGUUUCCUGUUCCUUAUCUUCCCUCCUAUGAUCUUAAUGCCUUACCUAAUAGAACACUAGAUGACACCUUGGAUGAAGUUAUGUCCUUUUCACCAGUAACACCAGAUAAGGGCAACAGAAUUCAGAACGAACAGCUUUCUGAAAUACCCAGUAUCUCAGUAAAAGAAAGGUCUAAUAAGGAAAAGGAUAAGGCGCUAGUUACACAAAAUGGGAAUGAACCUACAGAGCUUGGUGGUGAAAAAUUUCCACAAACCAUGCUGGGUAUGCCUUCUACUCCCUUGGUUGCCUCAUUAGAGGAAAAUCACAAUCUUAACAAGGAAAAUAGCCACAACAUUCCGGAAGAUCACAAUCAUAGCAAGAGAAGUGACAACAAGUUGGAAGAAAAUCAAAAUUAUAGCAAGGGAGGAGACCAUAGAAUUGUGGAAAAUCACAAUCUUGAUAAGGGAGGUGACGACUACAUUGAUCUGAACAAGAAACCCCAACAGAAGCCAAAAAGGAAAAAGAUUAGACCCAAAGUCAUAAUAGAAGGCAAACCCAAAAGGACACCAAAGCCAACAACUCCUAAGCAGGUCAGUACAAAAGAAAACCCAUCUGGGAAGCGGAAGUAUGUAAGAAGGAAGGGCCUCAAAACCUCAGACACCCCUUCAGAGACAGUAUUGGAGAUCAAUGGCCCAUCACUUGAGCCUUCUGUAAAAUCAUGCAAGCGUGCUCUAAAUUUUGAUUUGGUGGAUCAAGCAGGAGCCGAAAUGCAUAGCUAUAGCACAUCACUCUCUCAUCAGGAGGUAAUUUUUCAUGGCAAGGACAACUCAUCAUGUAGGCAGACUCUUAAUUUGAACUCAGAAUCUCAAAAGCAAGACUUAGGCAUCCAGGUGAACAAUGACUCUCAAACAAAAUCUACAGUGCAGCCCAGGCAAGGUAUUGAAGCCACAGUAAAUAACACAACAGGGGGGAUUGCACAUGACCUGGACUCUUCUGUGAAUCAACUGAUUCAGAACUACUUUUCGCUGCCUGAAAAUCCAGCCCCUACAACCCCAGUACCAGCAAGGCAACACCCAACAAGGGUGAAUCUGAAGGCCCUUGCAAGGAAAAAAAAUGACACAAGAGCAGCAAGUGCAAGCCCAAGUACUGGAGAAAAUGGUCAUCAUUUUAAGCAUCAACAUUUACAUGGAGAAGGCACAGGUGAUACAGUCUUAAAGAUAGGGAUUACCCCUUCUAACCAAGAGGGAGUUAUACAAUCAACAUCACAGAAUGGUCCACAAUCAAUACUAGAAAGUUGUGAUCAUCCUGAUAAUGGUGCGCAUCCACUAGUUACUGAUACCACAAAAACAAGGGGCUCAAAGAGGGAAUAUUCUCAUACUAUAAAUGGGGCACAUCUAAGAAAAAUAAAUCUGAUUGGUACCCAUUACAAUUCCUUACAAUUUUACCAAAAUAUACUUCAUGGAAAUGAACUCCAAAGCAAUUAUGGGAUGCAUCUUCCAGAAAUUUACAAAAAAUACAAGACUGAGAAGGAGCCUAAUACUUCCACAUCUAGAACUUCAUCUUCUAUGGUAGUCACAAAAGACGGUCACAAACAUGCAUCACAGAGUAACCAUGAAACACUGGGCCUCCAACUCAAUGAUGGCACACAGAGGCCAAAGAUUGGAGUUAGUAAAUCUCUACCAAAAGUCUAUGCUAAUUGUACUGUUGUGGAGCACAAUCAACCUGUGCAAAAUAUCUCCAAAGAAUUGCUUUCAUGCACAGAAACAGAAUGUGGGGCUGCCAUUGAUAAUCUGGAAACUUCAGAAACUUUUGACCUCAAAGAAAAGACCAAAAAGAGAUCCAAGGGUCCAAAUGAGGUUCACAACUUGGUCUCAACUGCAAUUCCUCAUUGCACCCAACUGCUGCAAGACACUCCUAAAACACUGACAUCUGGUGAUGGGCAAAGAACUGAGAUUUUCCAUGGACAUCAAGCUUGCAUGAAAGCCCUCUCUUCAGAUAACAAUAAAAAGAGUAUCAGAAAAAGACGAGCUAAGAAGGGAUCUCUCAAUGAUUCAACGUCUUGCUCCAGCACAAAUGCAGGGUGGUUGCAAGAACAAAAGGGUUCUUUGUACCAAUCCUUGGCCAAAUCAGCAGGUCCAACAGCUGGAACACAUACUCAAAUCAUUUCAAUAGAUGAACUUGUUCACAGAUUGAAUGAUCUAAGCAUUAAUGGCAGUAGCAGCACAAAUACAGAGAAAGAGCAAAAAGCACUAAUUCCUUACACUGGAUAUGGCACAAUGGUUCCCUAUGAAGGGCCAAGACGCCGCUCCCGGCCCAAAGUUGACCUCGACCCAGAGACAAAUCGAGUAUGGAAUCUUCUGAUGGGGAAAGCAGUCAGUGAUGAUAUUGAUGAAAUGGAUGCAGAUAAGAGAAAAUGGUGGGAAAAAGAAAGGACAGUGUUUCAAGGAAGGGCAGACUCGUUCAUUCAUCGCAUGCGUCUUGUCCAAGGAGAUAGACGCUUUUCACGGUGGAAAGGAUCUGUUGUGGACUCAGUGAUUGGCGUCUUUCUUACCCAGAAUGUAUCUGACCAUCUUUCCAGCUCUGCCUUCAUGUCCUUGGCUGCACGAUUUCCGCUUCAGCCAACAAAUAGCCGGAACACAUGCUAUGAGGAUGGGACAGUUGUAUUAACAGAAAAGCCAGAGGUGUGCAUAAUAGAUUCAGAUGAAACCCUGAAAUGGAAUGAAAAUUUGUCAAGAAAACCAGUCUACAAUCAAAAAUCCAUGAUGCUCCAUGAAGCUGAGCAAAUGGAAGAGAGAGAAGUGGCAAACAGCAAUGAAUCAUUUGGAAGCAAUAUGGGAGGUGACAGCCUGGCAGACAAUUCAAGUAGCAGGCAGAGAGUUGUCCAGAGCAGGGCAGCAGAAUUGUACCAGGGAUCACCAGAAAACAGAACAGAGAGCCUGGCCAGAAAAGAAGGAUCUCUGAGUUUUGCAGAAGCAGAUGAUAGAAGGGCACAGGAGGAUGCAGUUUCAUCUCAAAACUCUGUAGGCACAUCCAUUUCUCAGACCACUGAAAGGAUUCGAUCAUGUUUGGAGUCCAACUCAAAAGAUCUAACAACAGUUCACAGAUCUAUUGGUUUCAAUGCUACCACUUCUUUUAUGGAGCUUCUUCAGAUGGCAGGAACAACCAGGUUUCAAGAAUUUUACAACUAUGGAUAUGACAGAUUGUCAUUUAAUCUAAACUCCAUGGAUGGAUGUAACCAAUCAAAAAAUAUGGAGUCUGACAAGAAAAAGUCAAGUAUGGACAGAUUAGCUAGCUUGGAAACCUCAUUUGCAUCCAUCUACCAGUUCAAUUCCCUUCACCCCCAUACACAAGUACCCAUUAUCCCUUCCAGUAAAUAUAGUUUGCACAUGACACCAGAUUCAGGAGUACUUGAAGUUGAGUGUCUUGACCUGUUAAGUGAGGAAAGCAGACCUUCCUUGCCUUCAACUGUGUCACAAAUUUCUGAGUUAAAUAGCGCAGACAUCACAAGCAAAGGAUUUGGACCAAUUCCAGAUUCUUUAAGUGAAACAACAGCUCUACAAAAUGAGAUAUUAAGUGCUCAUGCAGGACCAAGAGCUGACCCAAAUGGAUCUUUAAGCAAGCAUGCAGUGCACCAAUUCAGUAGAUUAGAACCAGAAGCUUGCAGAGAAAAGAAUCCACACUCUUACAAAAAUAAAAAAGAGAGGACAGAAACCUCCCAAGCAGAAAGGACUCCUAAUGCAGAACCUAAAAAGCUUCUUGAUGAACUUGUUCAAAGGCAGCAGAAUACCAUAAUGCAGCAAGUUUCUAGAUCAACAAGUUUUUCUGGGGAUACUAUUGACGUUGUGGAAAGAACAUGCUUGGUGGGUGAACUGAAACCCAUGAACAGUAAUACAGCAAAGUUAAACUCAGAAGAGCAAGUGCGUGCUUCUGGAAAAACAUCUAGUGGGAUAACUGUGGGCACAAUGAAAGACAAGAAGGAAAAAGUUGAGAAGAAGAAAAAUAAUGCAUUUGACUGGGAUAUUUUAAGAAAGGAGACUUGUGCCAAACAUGGAAAAAGAGAGAGAAGUAAUGAUACAAUGGACUCAGUGGACUGGGAAGCAGUGAGAUGUGCAGAUGUUAAUGAUAUUGCUAAAUCCAUCAAAGAACGAGGAAUGAACAAUAUGCUUGCAGAGAGAAUAAAGGAUUUCCUCAAUCGACUGGUUAGAGAUCAUGGAAGCAUUGAUCUUGAGUGGUUAAGAGAUGUUCCACCUGACAAAGCAAAGGAAUAUUUGUUAAGCAUAAGAGGCUUAGGGUUGAAAAGUGUGGAGUGCGUACGCCUUCUGACACUUCACAAUCUUGCUUUUCCGGUUGACACAAACGUUGGUCGCAUAGCUGUAAGACUUGGAUGGGUUCCACUCCAACCACUGCCUGAGUCACUUCAGUUACAUCUUCUAGAACUGUACCCAGUGCUGGAGACAAUUCAGAAGUAUCUUUGGCCUCGUCUAUGCAAACUUGAUCAACGAACAUUGUAUGAAUUACAUUAUCAAUUGAUUACAUUUGGAAAGGUUUUUUGUACUAAAAGCAAGCCAAACUGCAAUGCAUGUCCAAUGAGAACAGAAUGCAGACACUUCGCAAGUGCAUUUGCAAGUGCAAGGCUUGCCCUGCCAGGGCCAGAAGAGAAAGGUCUAGUAAGUUCAACUGCACCCAUUGCAGAUGACCAAGGUCCACAGAUGCGUAUAAAUCCAGUACCACUACCUCUACCAGAGGCAAGCCCAUUACCAACAACAAUCACUGAAGGGAACAUCUGUGAACCUAUCAUUGAAGUGCCAGCAACACCAGAGCCAGAACGUACAGAAGUGAUUGAAAGUGACAUUGAGGAUGCUUUUUUUGAGGAUCCUGAUGAAAUUCCAGUUAUCAAACUCAACAUUGAAGAGUUCACACUGAACCUGCAGAACUACAUACAAGAGAAUAAAAUUGAACUGCAGGAUGGUGACCUGUCUAAGGCUUUAGUUGCCUUGACUCCACAAGCUGCUUCUAUCCCUGUACAAAAGCUGAAGAAUGUGAGCAGGCUUCGAACAGAACACCAAGUCUAUGAACUUCCAGAUUCACAUCAGCUUCUAGAAGGGAUUGACAGAAGAGAACCGGAUGAUCCAUCUCCAUACCUUCUUGCUAUAUGGACACCAGGUGAAACAGCAGACUCAAUUGAGCCACCCAAAGCACGCUGUAUCUCCCAAGAAUCUGGAAAUUUAUGCAAUGAUGCUACAUGCUUUGGGUGUAACAGUAAACGAGAAGCAAGUUCCCAAACAGUCCGGGGGACAAUAUUGAUACCCUGCAGAACAGCAAUGAGGGGGAGUUUUCCACUUAAUGGCACAUACUUUCAGGUUAAUGAGGUGUUUGCUGACCAUGAUUCUAGUCUUAACCCAAUUAAUGUUCCCCGAGCAUGGUUAUGGAAUCUACAGAGACGAACAGUUUACUUUGGAACAUCAAUACCAACAAUUUUUAGAGGUCUCUCAACACAAGAUAUUCAGAAUUGCUUCUGGAAAGGAUUUGUUUGUGUACGGGGGUUUGACCAGAAAACCCGGGCACCACGCCCUCUCCAAGCCAGAUUUCAUUAUCCAGCAAGUAAGUUGAACAGAACAAAAACACAACCAGUUGAAUAGUAGGCCAUGACACAGAGAAAGCAGUCAACACACUCCUAACCAGGAUCUGUUUCAAGAUCAGAUCACUGACCAACAUUGCUGCUGUAAAACUAAUGGCACUUCCCCUAACAUGAGAGGCAUUGAACAGGUACUACUAUUUCUGGAUACUUGGAAGGGGGGAAACAUAGGAGAGAAAUUGUAAAAUCCCAUGACAAGUGGGUUUGUAGUCUGUACAUGAUUAUUAUUAUGAUUAAUUUAUUCUGUGCUCGAAAAUGAGCCAUUCUUCUUCUAUUGAGCAGACAAUAUCAAAGAAGAAAAAAAAAUAAAGGUGGAAAUACAUGUUAUUCUGCAUGCUCAA